CAUGUUGGCGCUUCUCCAAGUUUGUUCAUCGUUUCAGCUUUGGAGCUUGAGCUGGAAACAGACUCGACUCGUCUGGAUAAAACUCAUUAUUUCUGAGAGUUUGAUACGACGAAGACAAUGAAGCUGUUCGUGUUUCUGCUUUGCCUUGUUCACGGAGUGUCAGCAGUGACUCACUCUCUGAAGUAUAUUUACACGACCUCGUCUCAAGUCCCAAACUUCCCAGAGUUUGUGGUUGUUGGUUUGGUUGAUGAAGUUCAGAUGGUUCACUAUGACAGCAACACCAAGAGAUUUGAGCCCAAACAGGACUGGAUAAAGAAAUACACAGAGGAUGAUCCACAGUACUGGGAGAGUCAGACUGGAAACUUCUUGGCUGCCCAUCAGGUCUUCAAAGGCAACAUUGAAAUUGCAAAGAAGCGCUUCAACCAAACUGGAGGUGUCCACAUUGUCCAGGUGAUGUAUGGCUGUGAAUGGGAUGAUGAGACUAAUGAGGUGAAGGGAUAUCGUCAGGAUGGUUAUGAUGGAGAGGACUUCAUAGUAUUCAACGUGGAGACAGAGACAUGGAUCGCUCCAAUACCAGAGGCUGUCAUCACCAAACACAAGUGGGACAAUAAAAAAGCUGUAAUCGCACAGUGGAAGAACUACCUCACCCAGGAAUGUCCUGAGUGGUUGAAGAAGUAUGUGAACUAUGGGAGGAGCUCUCUGAUGAGAAAAGACGUCCCCUCAGUGUCUCUCCUCCAGAAGACUCCCUCCUCUCCAGUCAGCUGCCACGCUACAGGUUUCUACCCUGACAGAGCCAUGAUGUUCUGGAGGAAAGAUGGAGAGGAGAUUCAUGAAGGAGUGGAACGUGGAGAGAUCCUCCCCAACCAUGAUGGAUCCUUCCAGAUGAAAGUUGACCUGGACAUUUCAUCAGUCUCACCUGAAGACUGGAGGAGGUACGACUGUGUGUUUCAGCUCUCUGGUGUGGAGGACGACAUCAUCACCAACCUGGAGCCUAAAAGUGGAGGGUUCCCUACUGCUGCUGUUAUUGGAGGUGUUCUAGGAUUCCUCCUCCUGGCAGCCUGCGUAGUUGGACUCAUCAUGUGGAAAAAAACGCAACAACAGUGAAGAACAAAAAUAUGGUUUUACUUUUCAUAAAACUCAUCAUACAUCCAAUAUGUAUUUAACAUUUCCAUGUGUUUUUGUGUUGAUGCUCUUGUAGCUUCAUGUGUUUUUGUGUCUUGU